UGAAUGAAGAGCUACCAAGUAUUAUUCAGGAGAACUUUAAUAUCAACAAAGAUAGGCAGUCAAUCAUGGGUCACAGUAUGGGAGGUCAUGGUGCAUUAAUAAGUGCAUUAAAAAAUCCUGGCAAGUUUCGUUCAGUAUCAGCUUUUGCUCCAGUUUGUAACCCAUCUAAAACUCUCGAUUUACAAUUUAUAUUUAAGUGUUAUUUUGGAGAUGAUUCAAAAGAAAUUGAAGAAUGGGAUGCUACCUGCUUAGUAACUAAUUAUAAAGGACCAGAGUUAAAUAUCCUUAUACAUCAAGGAAAUGAUGAUCAAUUCAAAAAACAAUUAAGAUUGGAAAAUUUUAAAAGCGCUUGUGAAAAAGCAGGGAUUGCAGCUUCCAUAAACGUAGAAGAUAGAUAUGAUCAUGGAUUUUAUUUCAUUUCAAGUUUUAUAGAACAGCAUUUUCAUCACCAUUCUAAAUUUUUGUGUGACUCUUUGUAAUUUAUUAAAUUUGUUAUAUUCUUAAGUAGUAUUAUAUUUGUAUUAUGAAUGGUGAUGUGUUAAGA